AUGUCUUCCGCACUCAGAAUCGCUCGCGUUGCCCGCCCCCUCGUCGCCAACCCCCAGGUGGCCCGCUUCUCCAUUGCUCCCCGUAUGAUGGCUGCUGGUGAUGCCGGUGCUCCCAGAUCAGGCGGUUCUGCCUCGAGCGAUGCCUUCACAAAGCGCGAGGAAGCCUCAGAGAACCUCUACGUCAAGCGUCACGAGCAGGAGAAGCUUGAGGCCCUGAGACAGAAGGUCAAGCAGGGCGAAGCCCAGCUCGCAAAGGACAAGGCCGACCUCGACAAGGUUGAGAAGAACAGAAGAGUGUGUGAGAAAGAGAAGGAAGCUUUCGCAAUAACCAGCAAGAAACAAUCGAGACUUCUCGCGUGGUAUGACAAGAGCUAUACGGCCUUCGAGCAUGCGAGAGCUGGUAUACUAGGUGCACGGACCAGAUGGCAGGCACUCAACGCUCNNGCCCCUCCAAGCUGCUGCAUCAGCAACCAGCAAGCCAACGAACAUACACUGGUCGAUAUGUCACUCCUCGAAUCACCAAUGCCGCCACUUGAGACCAUCUUCAAGAGCUUCUCCGGCACAUGGAAGCUCCGCCGAUCGCUUACAAGUGCUCUCCCUGGCUUUCCUUCUGGCACCUUCACUGGCACCGCCACGUUCAAGCCCUACAACGACAGCGCAUUCAACGGCAGCUCUGUACUCUACCAUGAGACUGGAGAGCUUGUGACAGAGCUUGGCUACAAACUCACGGCCAACCGAAAAUACAUAUACCGUUUCAGUCCCGACGACGAAAAGAUCGCAAUGUGGUUUGUCAAGGAGCCAGCACCUGAUGGCAGCGAGGAGGUCGACUAUCUGUUCCACGAAUUAGAGUUUUCUUUUCUUGACCAACGCUGGAUUGCCAAGGGGGACCACUUGUGCGAAAAAGACAUGUACUGGGCCUUCCACGACUUCAGACUUGACGACAACAUGAAGAGAUGGGGCUUGCGGUACAAGGUCAAGGGUCCCCAGAAAGACUACCUCAGCGACUCUGCCUAUGAGCGUGUCGCCUGA